ACAGCAGACGCAAAACCCGCAGAACCCGCAAAACCCGCAGAAGACGCAGCAGACGCAACAAACGAAGCAGCAGAACCCGAACCUGAGCCAGAGGAGGAGGCAGAGGCAGAGGAGGAGGAGGAAGAGGAGGAGGAAGAGGAGGAAGAGGAAGAGGAAGAGGAAGAGGAAGAGGAGUGAUCUACCUCGGAUGCUUCAAUUGUAUAAGAUUAACGACGUAAACCGUUCCAAUUCAGACAGUCUAAGGAUUGAGCCAUGA